GUGACAGGUGACAGUUAAUAUUGACACUUGUUCAUACGACAAAAAAGUGGCAAGCGGGUUGGGCUGUUCGUGUUUCAUUUAAUUCUAGAAAAAAAAUCAUUUAUAUUUAGUGUAUAAAAUACAUAUUUUAUAAAUUUAAAGUGUAGCAAACUUUCUACGAAAUGAAUAAACGUUGCGCUCGGUGUGAAAAGACAGUGUACCCCACGGAGGAACAGAAAUGUUUGGACAAGGUAUGGCACAAGCUGUGCUUCAAAUGCAAGGACUGUGGAAUGGCACUUAACAUGCGUAACUAUAAAGGUUUUAAUAAAGAACCUUAUUGUGAAGCGCAUGUACCUAAAGCGAAGGCUACUACAAUGGCCGAAACUCCCGAAUUGAGAAGAAUAGCAGAAAAUACUAAAUUACAAUCUAAUGUUAAGUAUCAUGCAGACUUUGAGAAAGCUAAAGGAAAGUUCACUCAGGUGGCCGACGAUCCUGAAAUCUUGAGAAUCAGACAAAACACAAAAAUUAUAAGUAAUGUAGCCUACCACGGUGAACUCCAGCGCAAAGCGGAAAUGGAACAGAGGCGACAGUUGAACGAGAACGGCAACUCCGAAGAGGUACCGGUCGCGAGGAACGUGGCCAAGACCACCAUAGUCACCAACAACACGAUACCUGCCGUAGUACCCACCAUCCAGGCGCCCGUACAGCACCCCAACAUCGGAAAAAUAGCUGAUUACGACCCACAAGCUCCUUCAGGGACUCAGUUCCAGAGUCCGUACUCGUCUCGGAACUCGCAAACGUUGAUUUACAAUUCCGAGGUGGGGGGAAGUGUCAUAGAUCAGCCGCCAAAUAGGCAGGUGGGGUCUGUGCACGAUAUGGAUCCUGUAAACCACAAUUACGGUACGCUGGGUAUGGGGAGAGUUUACAGGGCUAUGUACGACUACGAAGCACAAGACGAGGACGAGGUCAGCUUCAUUGACGGCGAUCUGAUCAUCAACGUCAGUAGCAUUGACAGGGGUUGGAUGACAGGCCAAGUGCAGCGCACAGGUCAGGUGGGAAUGUUACCGGCCAACUACGUCCAGUUAGCCAACAUUUAACUCUGAAAAUCCCCAACUUUACAUACCGGGAUCAAAAGUUAGUUGUCACAAUACAACCGGUAUAUUUUGGUAUUGGUAAAAACAUUAAUCAAGGCAAUACUAAAACAUAUCAUAUUAUGUAUAUGUUACAGUGAAAGUCAGUGAUUGUUAACAUUCACUAGGAAAUGCUAACAAUUUAAACGCAUUGGACCAGUGAAUGUGGUAUUUUAAAGAGAUUUGUCGACUUUUCCUAGUAAUUUCUAACAUUCACUAUAGUGAAAGUAACAUUUACUAAAGGUUGCCAGUAAAAGUUAUUCUAUUGUACAGGGCGAGUGUGGUGUGGAAAAAUGUUGGUGGAAGUUAGAACAAAUAAAAUGUUUAAGAAUAUUGGAUCACCAAUAUUCAAGCUGUCCACAUAUCUUAAAAUUACAAUUUACUUCUUUAGUAUAUUUAUUAAAAAAUAUAGAAAAUAACCUUCUAAAUAUUAAAAGGGAAAACAUAGUAAACAUUUUAAAGCCUACAAAACAAUUAAAAAAAACAUUGAUAAAUAUAAGAUUACUUAUUGUGUACAAGGUUUUUUUUUAAUAAAGUUUUUCAUUGUGGACAAAAUAAAGUAUACAAAAAAAUCCGCUACUUCGAGCAUAUCAAAACGUUUAAUAAAUUCAUAGUCACUAGGUUCCUUAAUAUCUUUUUCUCUUGUACGCUUAACUUUUGCUAUAACUUCAUUAUAUUGCAAAAAUAAAAAACAAGCACUUUUACAUUCUUGCGAGUGCCUAGUUUGCCUUAAUUUUUCACAGAAAAGUUCCUCCAUAGGGAAAAUACUGCACAUCACUUUUUACAAGGAUAACAAAACAACAAUUAUACAUAACCACAAAAAACAAAGCGAAUUUACGCCAGAUGUCUGUCAACGUUGUCAACGUUUAGCUCAAUUUAAUGUUACCCUUAUAUUGCCUAUUAUUCAACUUAUCCUUAUUUAUCUUUAUAUUUUACAACAUGUGGCAACGACGGUAAUUCACUAGUAAAAGUUGGUUUCAAAAAUAGCUGUUUAACUUUUACUAACGUAGUCCUAGCAAAUCAUUGAAUGUGAGCUUUUACUAGUAAUUGUUAACAAUAACUGAUUUCCAACUUUUACUGUAACAUAUACUACAUUCUCUAAAACGAUUUUUGUAUUAAUACUGUUUUGGUAGAUUUAUUUUUAUCGACCUAGGUAGUCUUUCUAAUACUCAUAGAAAUACCACUUAUUUAUUAUCUAUUUUUAUUAAAUGUAAGUUAAGCAUAAAAAAAUAGUGAUUGAUGUAUAAUACAAAAAUCAUUUUGGUUGUGCAAUAGUUACAUAAUACAGGGGGACCAAUUAUUUGAAUUCUUUUGUGUUUUUUUUCGAAUACGUCAGAUAUACAUCAUCAACGUUAUUAUAAAGAUAACUGUACAUACAUAGUACCUUAAAAUUAGGUUAGUUUUUUUCCAAUAUCAUCCAAUUUCGCUGUACUUGCCAUUGUACAUACAUAAAAAAAAAAAAACUGAAAACCUAAUCUUAUUUUUAUUACUGAUGACCCAUGCUUUAUAGUUUCUAAGACAGUCUUUGGAUUAUACUGGUAAAGAAUGUAAUUUAUUUAUUUUUUAUAUUUAAAAUUGUUUUUGAAAAUAGUGUGAUGCAUUUGGACUACUGCAAAAUUUUCGUCACUAUACCUUGACAUU